AUGUGGUUUCUUGGUCUCCUGCUACGUCUAUUGCCGUUGGUGGCUCAGACAAGGCCAUGCGAUGGAUUUAGUAGUAUCCACCACUACAGGACUGGUACUGCCAUGAUUAGCAGAAGCAAAAUCUACAUGAACUCCAAACCUCCACUGCUCCUGGAAGAACAGGACAAAGUCAUGGAAGGACGACAGGAAAUGGCACAUGAUCAGAGUGAAGAGGAAGACAAGGAAGAUAGCAUUGCCAAGUCAAACCAAAUAGUAUCCAAUGAUCCGCCGAAGCUGACAAUGCCAGAGAUUGCUGCUGGAAAAGAAAUAAUAGCAAAAGGGGCAAUUUCAGAACAAGCACAGGAUGACGACGUUUUAUUAUUAUCCAGACGAAAAUGGCUGCAACAAGGUGCUCUACUGGUACUGGGAGGAGGAGCAGCUCUUGCUGCGGCUACAAAGCUGGAAAAACUAUCACCACCCAAGCGCAGGAGACCUUUUGUGCGCUUGGAGCCACAUCCCCACAGAAGAAAAACCAAAAAUAACAAUGGUCCAUCCGCACCAACUCCCUACAAUACAUCGGCCAUUGUCCGGCCGAAUGUCACGGCGCCAACAUCUGGUGCUGAUUUUAUCAAGUCGGGGGGAAAUGUGACAACUAGCACGGCAAACACCAAGUCAACCAGUACCGGUACCACCGCCAAAUCCAAUACUGCUACUACCACCACCAAACCUGGCACUGCUACUCCCACCAAAUCCAGUACUGCUACCAACACCAAACCCACCACUGCUACCAACACCAAACCCACCACUGCUUCCAGUUCAAGCAGCAACACUAACAAGGACAUUGCACCAGUCAAUUUCACAAAGGUCGCAGCGGAGAACUCGAUCAAUAUCACCCUUAAGGAUUGCAAGGGAGGGUGCGUCCGAGUGGAUGGAACGAGUUUUCAAAAGGUCAAGACACCGUCGGACUUUCCCUGGUUCUUGCCCCAAUUCUUGAAACCAGCGCCCAAAAUCAUCAAGGAUAUCCCCGAUCAAGAAAUACUACUGGCCGCCACUGCGGCAGGAUCCGUCAUUGAAAUGUUCCGAACGGUACUACUGUACCCGUUGUCCACCGUCAAGACAAGGAUUCAAACACGACAACAAGAGCGACAAAAGGUCCGUCGUAAAAUGAAACGAUUUCAAACCAAUUCUACCCUACGACCACGGAGUACUAGUAGUAUGGCUGGUACUAGUGCACGAAGUAGUAAUCAAACUCGACCAGAAAGUCCUCAACAGCAACAACGAAAGAUGGAAAAGUUGCAAUUGGGGCGACGUCUUCGAGUGCUCCAAUUGAACAUACGGAGGCAUGUUGCCGAAGGCAAUCUAUAUGCUGGUCUCGUACCAUCGCUGUUGGUCUCGGUUCCUGCCACGGGAGCGUACUAUGGUGUGCGCGAUGUUACCAAGCGAAUGCUUACCAUGGCACCGGGGUUGGCCAUGAAUGAUGCCACCAUUACGCUUUUGGGCGCCCUUGUGGCGGACGUGGCGUCCCUCAUGAUUCGCACUCCGGCGGAUGCCCUUGCCACACGAUUGCAAGCAGUAGCGGCAGCGUCCAUUACGCCAACCGUGAGCGCUGAGAAUGAUGACACUGCUGCUGUCCCGAACAACAAUGUCACAAUAAUGGGGACUAUACAAAAUAUUGAGGCAACGACGACUGAUCGUGAACUCGUUGUUCCAGUCGCCAAUACCACAAUACCUUCAACGACAACGACAAAUACGUUGCAGCUUUCAACGGAGGUGUCAGAUAUGGAUCAAGGCCAUGAGGAAACCACAAUCUCUUCGAACAGCUCCAUCUCUUCGAACAGCUCCAUCCAAAGCAUGGAUGGCCUCAUUGCGACUGUCUUGCCAGAUGGCUAUGAGCAUCAAUUACUACUGCAUUUGCAACGAAGAGAAGUUGAUGUCGCUGAUCUUUUCAAGGCUGCUUGUUCUGAUCGAGAGAAAGAGAACGACAGCAAAAUGUCUGUGAUGGACAAACGACAACUGAAGCGAAUGGAUCGAAGAUAUCGAAAGAGUCGUCACAAGCAUGACAUGGGGCAGCGAACGGAGAAUGCUCCUGUUAGUCAAAUAGGAGAAUACAGGACAGCCAAGGUCAUCGUUGCUCGAGAACCGGCUGCAUACUCCCAAGACUUCCUCGGUGGCGUAAGGAACGAACGAGAUUGGAAUUUGAUCGAGAGAUGUGCGGUGGAUGGGGUCCUGGAAAACAUGGUAGUCGACUGGGAUCCGGUAAUUAUCAAGAUCAAGGCGAUGACACGGAAUGCCACAGCAAAUGCAACCAAUACUCUGGCCAACAGCAUAGAAGCCCUAAUGGACCCUCCCAAUGGCGUGCAGCCUUCUGUCCAAGAUCAGGUCGGCAGCGUCGAACGUGGAUCAGAGGAAGAGCAAGUCGACAAAAUUGUAAAUGCUACAGCGGAAAUUGACACGCCACCAACGGAUGACGUGGAUGACAUUCGAAUGCCCGAAGACGAGGAGAAGCAGCUCCUGAAAGAUUUGAACGAAGACAAGGUGUAUCGGGAGGAUUGGUUGAGAGAGAGUAUCGAGCGGCUACCAGCAAUUAUCAUUACGGAUCUCCCGUACUUGCUUUCGCGAAUCGUUGUGAAUCGCAUCAUCAUUCAUGGGACGGUCAACAUAGGACAGUACGAAGUCGCAACUAUUGGCAUUGCCAUGUUCUGUGCCCUCUUGACAACUCCAUUUGACGUUGUGAGGACACGGCUGCUGGUGGAGAAUGAUGUCAAGGACGAGGACGACAACAUUGUCGAUUUCAUGGCCAACAAUGAAACCUCAUCCAGUAGUAUCGGCAACACUACUGUCCUGAUUCUCGCCAGCAAUACUAGUAGUACCGCAGAGAGCGCUUGGGCGACGGGAUCUCGUCCAGGUGGUGUGUUGCAAACGAUGAUUUGCAUUGCACGGGAGGGUGAUGGGGGCUUCCGCAACUUGUACGCAGGGUGGCUGGAGCGGACGGUAUAUUUUGGCAUUGGGAGGGCAUGGUUGGAUCCAAUCAAUCUGAUUGGGUACGUUGGCAUUCGGGACACAUUGCUUCUCAAGCUGUUCGAUUGA